ACCACGUGUUUUUUGUUAUAGCCCUUGAAAGAAUAAUGUAACGAGGCGAUGACAUUGACGGUCCAGUGUUUAAUCGAUGACAUUGACGGUCCAGUGUUUAAUCGAUGACAUUGACGGUCCAGUGUUUAAUCGAUGAGAUUGACGGUCCAGUGUUUAAUCGAUGUAUCGCAACACCCGCCGCUUGCCAAAACCUUUAGUCGGUAUUGCCAUGAAAUUUGGCAAAGUUAUGAAAUUCAAAGGAAUGAAAUGGCUGCAUAACUCAUUUUCUAAAGGACUAAUACCUUCGCAAUUACAUCACAUGAUUUCAUAAAAUAGGAUUCUUACGGUCUUAUUCUCAGCACGAUGUUGGUUUGGUUUGUAUUCAGAUUUGAAAAUGUGUCGGUGUAAUAUGUCAGUGUAAAUCUCCCCAAAAAAUUUUUUUUUAAAGCUAACGAAAACGAAAGGAUGAUACCUAGGUCUCUUUUCACUUUUAUGUUGGAGAUGGUGUAGAGACCUCGCACCUUGAGUACUCUAUUUUGUGACUUGAGAUGAUGGCUUUUGAAUGCUUUCCACUGUUGUUGUUUUUUUAAAUUGUUUGUUUGCAUUUCAUGAUUCGAAAAUAAAUCAAUUGAAGUAAACUGAUACGGAAAGAUAGCUUGUUAUUAAGCCACACACAAAAAAAUAGAUGGCCUGAUUACGACUCGAGACGAUCAAUCAAUCAAUCAAUCAAUCAAUCAAUCAAUCAAUCAAUAAAUCAAUCAAAUCCAUUGGGGAGCAGCGUAAUUUGCAGGCUAUCAAGUCAGAGUUUAGCUGUGCAUCGCCGUACGUCGUGGUGGGGGACACAUUUCACGAAGAAUUGAUGGUGCGAGAAAACACCGAUUAAAAGAUUCAGCGGAUUCAAAGACUCAGAAGGACUAAAUGAACCCCAGGAUUCCAUCGUUGUGUUGUAGACGUUGCCCGGGCAUUGUGGGUAGGCGGCGUCUGGUGUGGGUGCUGGCGUGUUGUCUGCCACCGGUCGCCGUCUAUUACCUGACACAGGAUCUGGGUAUGGCUCCGGUGUCCGGGAAUCGAACGGUCAAAGAUCGACUUUUCGGUAAGUCCGAGCAAACAUUCUCAAUUUUAGGAAAUCCUCAGCUGCAGCCAUCUUUGUACAGCCAUAUGGUUACAGUCAAAUGGUUACAGUCACAUGGUUACAGUCACAUGGUUACAGUCACAUGGUUACUGUCAAAUGGUUACAGUCCCAUGGUUACAGUCCCAUGGUUACAGUCACAUGGUUACAGUCACAUGGUUACAGUCACAUGGUUACAGUCAAAUGGUUACAGUCACAUGUUUACAGUCACAUGUUUACCGCCAUGUACGUUUACCACGAUGUAUGAACAGUUUCUUUUUUAUAUCUUUAAACUCUUUACAUUUUUAUGUUACCUUUAUAAAUUUACUGCAAAGUCAACUAUCACAUGCUUUACAGUAAAAUAUUUACUAUUAUAUUUACAUGAUUAGUGCAAUAUAUUAAGUAUGGUAUAGAAUGUUUAUAAAACACAUCAAAAUGCUUAUUUCUCUAACGUUAGCGAUCGGAGCAAUUUCACUAAUUAAAAAUCCCCAAUAACUCUGUUAAAUGAGAUUAGUAUUUUAAAAAAAAAGUAACAGCUUUCGGGGCGUCAUAUUAUCUUUUGUUUCGUGGAAAUAAUCUAAUUUUAAAUAUGGUCUCAAGAAAUCUGCCUUUAAAAAAAGAAGGGGGGGGGGUGGUGGGGGGAGUAUUUGGGGGGGGGGGAUAUAAGAAUAUUAACACAUUUCAGGGGAAGGUAAAAAAAUAAAAUUGGGGUAAUGCUGUUAGAAUGGAGCACUCAUUGGGAUUCUUAUAAACUGCUUUAUUUGAAAAGCAUGUUUUGUCCAGUCACUUUAGUUCACGUGGGAAGUUCACGGAAUUUAUUUAUUUAGGCAUUUUUUUUUUAUAGCGCUUACCUUACAGCUCUAAUCGCUUUACAGUUAUUAAAAAUAUGAAAGCUAUUUAAACUGCAAUUCCGAUGUAAUUGUUCUGCGGCAUAUACCUUUUUGCUACAGUACAUAAAUAUGAUGUGUAAAGGGGACUUUAGCAUGAGAAUAUUAAUGUAAUUCAGAUGUGUGGUUAUGUUUUUUCUUUAAAUAUGAAUUUUGCUUUAAAAGUGUAUAUUUUAUUAUAUUCAGCUUUAAUCUUUAAAAAAAGUAUUUUUUUCUUCGUAACCCUGCGUGAUCAGUAUAAAAAGAAAUAAAUAAAUAUAAAGGAUGUUAUAGUUUUUUUUUUUUUUUUUUUUUUUUUUUUUUUUUUUAAAUUAAAUAGUAAGUCAUUUAUGACUUUUUUUUAAAUUUUGAUAAUCAAUAAGAAAAUAACAACUUGAAUCAAUAGAUCAAUAUAUUGUAGAUCAACAAAAAUGCUGAUUAAGUAACGACACACAUAAUUGACACACACACAUGACACACACACACUUGAAACACACACGCUUGACGCACACACACAAACUUGACACAACCACUUUACACACCCACUUGACACACCCACACACUUGACGCACACACCCACGUGAUACACACACACACAACACACACACACUUGACACACUACCCGUGGACACGUUUUAACAUUCGACUUCCAUUUUUUCCAUCAGGGCCCCCUCUUUGGUACAGUCAACCACAACCUGGUCCAGACCACACGUCACGUGACCGUCUUCUCGAACCUCUCCAUCCCACCGUAAUCGUGUCUCGUUCACCAACAGCCCCAACGUCACCUUCAUCGUUUUCAAUAACGCCGGCUCCAUUUAAAACUUACUCGAAGAAUUCAUCUUCAACUGGUGUUACUCGAGAGACGUUCUCUGAUCGUUUCACGUCACCUUUCAUGAUCCCAGAUGACACCGAGGACGGAAGUCCCACUGCAGAGUUCAAGGGUAUUACCAGCCGAAGAGAGAAGCUCGUUUUUCGGGACACCAACGCCAGGCCAGUGGUGGCCAGGACUAUGGCAUACUUAUUUCCAUGUGAGAAUAGAACCAAGAACUGUUUCCACACGGGGGCGCUGGAUCUAAAGAAGUGCAGGUUUAACAACUGUGAAGUCACGCUUGAAUGGAGGGACGCUAACGUGGUCGUGUUCUAUCCCUUCAAGUGAGUGCAUGGGGGAAACGACUUCCCAGUGAUAGAUAAAUAGCACCAGGCAAACGACCUUGACAUAUCUCCUUCACGGAAGUCUAAUUGUUUGGCAAAUUAAUUCAUAAGUUGAUAACGACGUCAUUUGUGCUUGUAAUUGUGUGUGUGUAAAAAAAAGGGGGGGGGGAUAAUUUGGUAGAAUGACAAAUGAUUUGAAAAUUUAUAGAAAAAAUGUAAGGACUAUUAAAUAAUGAUCGAAGUUGUAUUUGUAGUCGCUACCAUCAUUUAUAACUUUGUCAGCUAUGCACUCUCCAAGAGGACAAGGCCCCCGACACACUUUUUAACUCUAUACUGUUCCCCCACAUCCUGCCACAAAGCUCCUAGCCCGAUGCAAAAUUCCACACAGGAAGAUUGCGCAAUCUAAAAAAACAUUAAAAAAAUAUUCCGCACACGGGAAAUUUCCAGCACGCAUAACUGCAAAGGAAAAAAAAAAGAUUUCUUCUGAAAACACAUUUCUAAGUUAAAAGUUAUAAAUAACACACCAUUUGAUUGGGUUUGUUUUGUUUUUUUUGUUGUUGUUGUUUUUUUUGUUUUUUUUUUAUUUUAUUUUAUUACUCAUUUUCAACGCAAUAUCUGAUGGGGACUAAAUAAUGGAAUAUUAAAUUACAAAUAGUGCCACAAAAAAAAAAGUUUUUCUACCUUUAUAAAAAUUAAACCUCAAAAAAAAAUAAAAAAUUUAUUUUAUUUUAUUACUCAUUUUCAACGCAAUAUCUGAUUGGGACUAAAUAAUGGAAUAUUAAAUUACAAAUAGUGCCACAAAAAAAAAAGUUUUUCUACCUUUAUAAAAUUUAGACCUCAAAAAAAAAUAAGAAAUUUUUUUUUAAUAAUUUAAAAAAAAAAAAAAAAAGUUUUUUUUCCUUUAUAAAAUUUAGACCUAAAAAAAAAAUAAGAAAUUUUUUUUUAAUAAUUUAAAAAAAAAAAAAAAAAAUACAAAUGACUAAAUUCAAUUUUUCUUUAAUUUUCGUAACUCUUUCGGCACUGAACAGGUCGCAAUAUUGACGCGAAUUGUGGUUUUUAACUGAGGCAAAUACACAAUACACAAAUAAGCAACAUCCGCCAUGAAACCGUAACUACCUUUUUUUUUAAAUAUAAAAUAUGUACUUCAUUGAAGUCUGGACAGAACAAAAUACGUUUUUUGAGUUGCACUUGCAGCAAGCUCAAACAAAAAGUAAAUCUGAGUAUUUGUGUGUAGAAUUAGCUUUGUGGCCAAUUUUCUUUGUUGGGAAUUUUCUUUUUGUUGAUUAUUCCCCUUUUUCCAUAGUUUCUCGAUCUUCUUGUGGGGAGUAUUCGUAUUGCUGGAUAUACCUGUGGGGAAUAAUCUGACAUGCCACCUGAUGUAUUGACACGACUUCUUUGCAAACGACAAGGAACAAUUGCACAGAAGUCGUGUGAUAUAAUAAAUAGAAAUAUUAAGUAAUCAGACAUUGAGGUUGAAACGUUUUUCUCACUACAAAAGAGCAAACACACAAAAAAAAAGAACAAAAAACAAAAAACAACAACACAAUGUAUAGAUUAAAAUUUAGCAAUCCAAAUGCAACAGAGCCUUUCACUACCAUGUCCAGGAUGACGAGGGCGCACAUUCUUCCCAACUUCACACGACGGUCGCGGCAAAGGUGGGUCAUGUUCACCCCCGAGGCGCCUUGCAGGGCUAGGAACUUCCGGAUCCUGACCACGCCACAGUUCAUAGGUGAGAUGAUACUUAACACGGCCACAGCGGUUCUCGCGAUACAUUUGGGGGGUCGAAUGACCCUUACAACAAAAGUCAUUUAAGACCAUAUGAAAAUAAAUAUUUAUGAAGUAGCCACGAAAAUAAUUGUAUGGUUGGGGUCACCACAACAUAUGUACAUGUAUUAAAGGGUCACAUUUUAGGAAUGUUGAGAACCAUUGACCUAAAAGGUAAUUUAAAACCAAAAAAACAAUAUUUCAACAAUAAAAAAAAAAUUAUAAUUGUUUUUUAGAUCGUAAACACAUAUUUCCCUCCAAAACUUGGCAGGUCAGUUCAACUGGAGCCUCACCUACCUCCUGGACUCGGACAUCCCACGACCGUACGGGAAACUCAGACGAGUGACGCCGGCACCUGACAAGAACUACGACGCCGUCUACUCUUCUAAGCGCGUGCAGGCCGCGUGGUUUGUCAGCCAUUGCAACACGAGCAGUUUAAGACUGCAGUACGUCAAACGCUUGCAGAAGAUAGUCCCCGUGCACGUCUUCGGGAAAUGUGGGAACUACUCCUGCGCCGAGGGUUCGAACAAACGACGGGAAGACCACAGUCGUUGUUUCCCUUUACUGAGCAGGAAAUACUUUUACUACCUGGCCUUCGAGAAUUCCUUGUGCGUCGAUUACGUCACGGAGAAAUUGUUUAAACUUUUCACGAAUGCUGACGUCAUACCCGUUGUACGCGGCGGCGCCGAUUACAAACGUUAUUUCCCGCCCGAUACUUUCAUAGACGCAUCAGACUUCGAUUCGCCUGAGGCCCUGGGCGAAUACUUAAAGGAUUUGUCGCAGGACAAGGAUCGAUACCUGAAGAUGCUGAGAACGAAGAGUCAGUACGAGUCCGCGUACGUUGAAAGCUGGCCGUGUAAGUUGUGCGAGAAGAUGAACAAAGACACUGGCGUCCAGUGGUACCCUGGCACCAACAUGUGGACCUGGUUUGUUCAAGACCAGUGCAACAAUCCUACUCGUGUAUAA